AUGGUCCACACCCAGAACACACCGGUAGCUACUAGCUCUACCCCUCUCCUCGCUCCUGCCGAGUAUUCCUCUUCCAACCCUGCCCCCAUUCCCUGGCGUCUGCUCGUUCCCAUCCUUCUCAUCCGUAUCGUAGACUCCAUCUCAUACAUCCUCGUCUUCCCAUUCAUCACCGAGUUCAUCACCUCUCUCCAUGCCCCGCCCGACAAAGUUGGUCUCUACGCAGGCUUGGCUGAGGGGUGCCUCAUGGCCGUCGAGGCGUUCUGCGCCACCAGAUGGGCCAGAGCUGCAGACCGAUGGGGCCGCAAGAGGUGCUUGGUAUGGGGAGUAUUGGUGACUGGGACUGGAUGUGCGUUGGUAGGUUUCGGACAGAGUGUGGGUUGGAUCAUAUUCUGGCGAGCUUUCUAUGGAUUGACUCCUGCUGGCGUGCUCACAAGGACCGUCGUCGCCGAGAUCAGCCACUCCUCCAACCGAUCCCGCAUCUUUGCCAUCUACUCGCCCAUGCUUUCUCUUGGCGUCAUCAUUGGCAACCUCAUCGGCGGCGAGCUGGCCAAGCCGUACGGCAAGCUCCCAUGGUGGAUGGGAGGCUCGAUGAAGAUCUGGCAGCACUUUCCCUAUGCUCUUCCCUGCGUCGUUUGCUCUAUCUUGAGCUUAUCCGUUGUCGUACUUUGCUGGUACACUCUGGAAGAGACAAAGAAGAGUCCCGAGAAAGACCAAGACGAAAACGCCCAAGGAGAGGCGCGAGAAACCAACACCUUCAAGGCUGUCCUCCAGGUCCCACACUUUAUGCUGGUCAUGGGGAUUCUCUGCACGAGCUUUGCCUUCGAAGGCCUUUUCACCGUCUUCCUCUGGACCCCCAUCAAGCGCGGAGGACUCGGUCUGCCUGUCCACUUCAUCGGUCUCACCAACUCUCUCUCCUCCGCCAUCUACAUCCUCGUCUCCCCUGUCCUUGCCCCUCUUAUCGAAGACAAGUUCGGACUGAAGGGCGGUCUAGCUUUGACGAGCGGCGCCAUGCCCCUUGAAGCCCUCGUCAUUCCUCUCGCCCAAUUCGCAGCUACCAAAGGCCUGGCUUGGACAGGUGUGAUGUUGGGUGUCCAGUGUCUGCUCAAGAACUUUCACUGCAUGGGCUGGUCGCAAGGCGAUAAUAUCAUAUUCGCUGUUGUUGGCGCGUACCCAGAGCUUACAGCUUCCGCCAGCGCCAUCCAAUGUAUUGCCGGGGCGAUCGGUCGAGCUUCAGGUCCUGUGAUCUCUGGUUGGGUCUUUUCAUUCUCCACCGCCUUCCCUGCAGUCUCGCUCGGCCGUCAACUAUCCUGGAUCGUCCUCUUCCUCAUCUGCCUUCCGCCGCUUUUGCUUGUGACCGUCAUCCCCAGGCUGACGGAGGACGGCAAGGACGAUGAAUCCCAGGUUGAGGUUGUGAAAGAGAACAAGGUCGAGUAUGAAGUUGUUGGGGCGUAUACUGUUGCUGAAGGGUAUUAUGGUGCGACUGGUGUUGAGUUGGUGGAUGUGCGUUGA